CUCCUACCCACCUUCAACCACACCUUCUCCGACAUAUAUCUACACAGUAGAGCGCGUUCCGGUACGGCCGUCCGGAGUCCAUCACCAUGGGCUGGCUCCUCUACACCAUGGCCGCACCGCCCGCCCUCGCCGUGCUCCUGCGCCUUCUCUCCGCCGUCCUCCCUCGCGGCCCUGCCCGCCUGGCCUCCUUCGCCGCCUUCUGCGUGACCUCGGUCGUGUGCAUGGCCGUGUGCGCUUCCUACGGCGUCGUGGCAUCCAUUGUACUGCGGCUGGUGGGCUAUGGAGGUCUGAGCCAGUGGACCGUGGCUCGCUCGUUCAAGUGGACCAUGUGGUGGACCACGGGCGUGACGUUCCGGGUGUUGGAGAGCAGCAGAGUCGAGGGCGGCAGGAGGGGAGGCCCGGAGGCUUUGGAGACGCGACCGGCCGUCUUUGUCGGCAAUCACCAGACCGAGCUCGAUGUCCUCAUGCUCGGAUGCGUGUUUCCAAAAUACAUCUCCGUCACCGCUAAGAAAUCCCUCAAAUACUACCCAUUCCUCGGUUGGUUCAUGGCCCUAUCCAAGACCGUCUUCAUCGACCGCGCAAAUCGAGCAACUGCCCGUGCCGCCUUCGACGGCGCCGCCAAAACCAUGCGCGAGGAGCGCCAGUCUGUCUUCAUUUUCCCCGAGGGCACUCGAUCCUACACGGAGAAGCCGGAACUGCUGCCCUUCAAGAAGGGUGCCUUCCAUCUGGCCGUCCAAGCCCAGGUCCCUAUUGUUCCUGUCGUAGUGGCGAACUAUAGCCAUGUGCUCGAUGUCAAGAAGAGGAUAUUCAACCCCGGCGUUGUGGACGUGAGCGUCCUUCCACCCAUCCCCACCAAAGGCCUCACAACCGCCGACGUGGACGUCCUUACGGUAAAGACGCGCGAUGCGAUGCUGGAUGAACUGAUUCGGCUUUCCCACGUCUCCGGGACCGGAAACGCAGUUCCUCUUCCGCGGGCUUCGAAAGCGACAGCAGUCGAAAAUGGGGUAGAUGGGGUCGAGGGAUUGAAGCAGAGAUAUUGAGAUCCGCUUCACAUGGCACAAGUCUGAUGGUUUUACGAGCAAAACGAAAGCAUUAAUGAAGCAUUAAUGAAGCAUUGGUUGGUUGUUGAGUCAGAAGAGAGAGAGAGUAGUAGACGCAUUUGAAGGGGAAAGUAGCAGUCGUGUUGGAUGCGCGGUCUUGGAGUCUUGCAUUAGAUCUUGUUAUCUAGAUACCCCGUCAGACGCGCGAUGAAGUUUGCAUGCACCGACUCUAAAUGCACUCAUACAUUCCAUAACCU